AUGGCCAUCGACAUUUCCACCAACAACUCGUUUUCUGGGCUGUUUAAGGUCAUUACCGAAGAACAACACCUGGACCCUGCUGAUAUCCUGGACGAUUUGGAAGAAAGCCAUGAUCAAGUUGAGGUUGACCUCUCUGGGCUUAGCAAUGCAGUCCGCGAGGUUUCAAAAGGUGUUUCCGAAAAGACAUCACAAGAAUAUCUCCGGUGUGAUCCAAUCAGGCUCGAUGGUUCAACUGUAAUGGAAGAACGCUCAACGUACACUCAUGCACAGAAGAUGAGAGCAGCUGCAACCUUUGGAUUUGGACGGAUCCAUGGUUUGGGCAUGCAGGCUUGGCACCGUAGUGAAAUUUCUGGUAAAAUGCUUGGGAACCCUUCAGUCUCCGAGACUGUUUCCACAUAUAUGCUUAGUCUUCGUCGUCGCAAGACACAGAAAGGGGACACACCAACUAGUGCCCGUGCUGUUAGAUCUGGCUUACUCGAAGACCUUUAUCAUUUCAACAACAAGCCCGAGUUUCAAGAGCCUCAGACUUAUCAACCCUCCUCCCACAAUGCUCCCAAAGGACAACUGGGCCCGCGUGGACGUACACUUUUGACCCUUGGCUACAACCUUGCCUUCUGUGGGCUACUACGCAUCGAUGAAUUGCUGAAAAUCCAACUGCAAGAUAUUACAAUCACCAAAGAUCCAAUUACCGGACGAACCAAGCUGAGUCUUCGGCUCCCUUUCCGGAAAACUAGCCAGUUUGGUGAUAUCAAACCGUUUGUCUGGUACGAAAUGCCAGAGGAGUAUCAACAUCUCUGUGUUGUGCGUGCAUUUGCAUGGUGGAUUCUUAUUUCGGAUUUGACAGAGGGAUAUUUGUUUCGUAAAAUCCGAGCCAACGAUCGUCUCGCUGAGGAGAAUGAACCGAUGACGUCAGAACAGUUCCUUGAAAUGUUUCGCAACAACCUUCUUGAUAUCAAGGUUGAUUUUGUUCCCUAUGGAACUCAUUCGUUUCGACGCGGCGGGUGUCAAUGGUUGUCGGUAGAACGACGAUGGCCUUUGCGUCAAAUCUGUGAGUGGGGAGGAUGGAGCCAGGAAUUCACGCACUUAACCAUUGUGAAAUAUCUCAUUUCGUGGAACGACAACCCUCAUGUGGACCGAGAUGAUUUCUUCAAUAUGGAUCGUACUCCUACUAUAGCUUGCCUGACUUGUAAUCGCUCUUGUCAUUGUGCUUAA